CGCUGCCCCUGACUACCGGGACGGCGAACCAAAACACCACCAAGGUGAAAUUUGUCACUUGGCACACACAGCUGCUUCUUCACCUCCUUGUACCAAACACAACCGGACCGUGUCCGAGCCUCAACCGACGGCCACUAUUAAAUGGUCUCGCUGUCCUCUCCUGUUUGACCCUGUGAACAUCUCCGCCAUGUCAUCCAGGUAUUCCCUCCGAGCAACUCCUCGGAAAAAGGAACUUUUCGAGGGUAUGGUAGAAACGCCUGCUCGUCGAUCGACGCGUCGCAAGUCCCAGUUCCCUGCUAUCGACGCAUCCGACGACGGCGAGUCAAGCUCCGCAGCCGAAACUACUACCAUGUCUAGGACAAGGACUACCAGCCGGCGCAAGCCUGUCCCCAAGUUCGAGGACAUAGACGAUGUGAAGCACGAAAGCUUCAGCCCUGUCAAGCUUGAGGAAGUGACUGCUGCGACCAACGGUAAUGGCAACGGACACGCUACACCGAAACCGGCUGCGCCGACGAUAGAAGACAAAGUGGUCGACGGCUGGAAGCCAGGUAUGGAUCACAAGGUCGACUACUCUGGCGUUUUCGAAUUUGGAGGGAGCUUUGGCGCUCUGGCCUUAAUGAUCGGGUUCCCGGCACUGAUGUGGUAUAUGUGGAUUGGCGCCACCUACUAUGACGGAAAACUGCCAUUACCAGAGGAGGGACAGUCCCUGACGGAUUUCGCUAAGCACCUGGGACAUCUCGUAUAUACGGGAGCGUUUCCAACCUUGCAGGCCUGGAAGAUCUACUGGGGUUAUAUGAUAUUUGAGGGAGCCUGUUAUGUCGUGUUGCCUGGUGUCGAGGGUUACGGUAAGCCACUGCCUUUUGAGGGCGGUAAACAACUUCGAUACUUCUGCAAUGCCUACGCGAGCUUCUACUUCACCAUUCUGGUUAUGUCUGUGUUGCACUUUAGUGGCUACUUUCCGAUAUACACUUUUAUCGAUGAAUUUGGCCCUCUCAUGACAGUCGCUAUUCUCUCAGGCUACCUCGUCAGCUUUAUUGCCUAUUUCUCCGCUCUUGCCCGCGGGCGGCAACACCGCAUGACUGGCUACCCGAUCUACGACUUCUUCAUGGGCGCUGAACUCAACCCGCGCCUGUUUGGAAUCAUCGACAUGAAGAUGUUUUACGAAGUCCGCAUUCCUUGGUACAUUCUGUUCGGUAUCACCGCUGCGACUGCAGCACGACAGUACGAGCGGUACGGCUACGUAACUGGCGAGGUUGGAUUUUUGCUCAUGGCUCACUACCUUUAUGCCAAUGCCUGCUCUAAGGGCGAGCAGCUAAUCAUCACGACCUGGGAUAUGUACUACGAGAAGUGGGGUUUCAUGCUGAUCUUUUGGAACAUGGCCGGCGUACCGCUUUCGUACUGCCACUGUACUCUCUAUCUCGCUAAUCACAAUCCUUCCGAAUACGCAUGGAAUAAGUGGGCCUUGGGUGCUCUUUAUAUCGUAUACAUUGCAGUUUACGUUAUUUGGGAUCAGUGCAACGGGCAGAAGAACGCAUUCCGGGCUAAGGAGCGGGGCACCCUACUGAAGCGGAAGACAUUCCCAGCCCUCCCAUGGACUUACCUCGAGAACCCUGAGACGAUCGAAACUAAUACCGGGGAUAAACUCCUCGUUGACGGCUGGUACGGCUAUGCGCGUAAAAUUCACUAUGUUUGUGAUGUCUUUUUUGCAGUCUCCUGGGGUUUGAUCACAGGUAUUAACAGCCCCUUUCCAUGGUUCUAUCCCGCUUUCUUUGUCUGCAUGAUUGCCCACCGAACUAUGCGCGAUGUCGAGCGUUGCCGCAAUAAAUACGGCGAAGCAUGGAAAGAGUACGAGAGACGGGUCCCGUACCUAUUUAUUCCUUAUGUCAUCUAAGCUCACGUUUUAAUGAAAGAUUAUGGCUGGGUGAAAGUAACCUAUGCUAUGCUACUCGGGCUCGAAUGCAGUUCAGCUCGACAGGCGGACCGCUUCGCUCGUCUUUGUACAUGUACAUGGGAGCUUAAGUCGACUGGUAUAGAAGACAAGUUUGGCACGCUUUGUUGGUCAUGUGAUGCGGUCUGACUUUAAUGUAUAUAGUUGAAGAGAUUUGAAGAUCAUGAAUUACUUUUAUGGGUACGAGUGGAAAACUAGAGGAGACGGCCUUGGUUUUCUUAGUUAUCUUUUAACAACCACUAUCCUGCAUUAUUAUAAUAAUAAAACGUAAUGAAGUAUUGUUUUCAGA